GAGCGGCUCUGGCUGAGGGCCCGACCGAACUCCAUGGAGGACGGUGGGGCCUCCGCGCUGGCCGCGGACCUGGCGGGGCUCGCGGGGCUGGCGGAGCUCUCGCUCGAGCUCGGCUCCAACCUGGUCGGCGACGCGGGCGCGGCGGCCCUGGCCGGGGCCCUCGGCCACCUGCUGGAGCUCCGCGUGCUGAGGCUGGAGCUGAGGGAGAACUGCCUGGGCGGGGCCGGGCCGCGCAGCCUGUGCGCCGCGGCGGGCGGCCUGCCUGGGCUGCAGAGCCUCCACCUGGGGCUCACCGGGAACAGCGUCGGGGAUGACGACGUGGAGCACAUGAUGCGCAGCCUGGCCGGCGCGGGCCAGCUCCACACGCUGGCCCUGGAGCUGGGGAACAACCCCAUCAGCACGGCCGGCCUGGCCGCCGCGGGCGCGGGUCUGGGUCGCAUGGUCUUCUUGGAGCGUCUAGCCUUCAGGCAUUCCUACAACCGGGUCAGCGCCGAGAGUCUGGGCAGCCUCGCGAAGGGGCUGCAGGGACUCGAGGGGCUGACUGCACUGGAGCUGGAACUAAACGACACCGAGCUGGACGACGCUGGCCUGGCCUUGGUCUCUGCGGCGCUCGGAGCGCUGCCGCGGCUGGAGAGGCUGUCGCUGGGCGCCUCUGGAGUCCCCGCUACAGGGCAGGCUGCUCGCGCGCUGUCGGCGGCGCUGGCCGCGCUCCCACGCCUGGGGGCGCUGUCGCUGUCGCUGGAGGGCUGCGCCCUGGGCCCGGCUGGCCUCGACGCGCUCGCCGACGGGCUGCCCGGGGCGCAGGGCCUCGGGUCGCUGGCGCUGGAGCUGUCCGGCGCCGCCGGUGGCUCUGCGGCGGCGCUCGCGCGCGCCGUCGCCGGCCUCGACGGGCUGGCCUCGCUGGCGCUGGGGCUGGACUCGCACGGGCUGAGCUCGGAGGCCGCGGCCUGGGGCCACGCCCUGGGCAGGCUGGCGCGCCUCCGGAGCCUGACGCUGGGCGCCGCCGGCUGCGGCCUCGGCGACGCGGGGCUGGCGGCCCUCGGCCGGGGCCUCGCCGGCGCCGUGUCGCUCUCGGCGCUGUGGGCGGACGCGAAGCGGAACGGCGUCGGCGACGCCGGCGUCGCCUCCCUGGCAGAGGGCCUCGCGUGCCUCCCCGAGCUCGGGGCGCUCGCGCUGGGCCUCGGCGGGAACCGCGUCGGCUGCCAGGGCGCCGCCGCGCUGGCGGGGGCGCUGCGGGCGCUGCCGCUGCUGCGGUCGCUGGAGCUGCUGCUCUGGGAGAACGCCCUUGGCGACGACGGCCUUGCCGCGCUGGGGGGGGCGCUCGCGGCGCGCGCGGGGCUCGAAAGCGUGUCGCUGGAGCUGGAGGACCAAGUGCAGCCGCGUCCAGCGCCGGCGUCGCCGCGCUGA